UUUUGGGCUUAGAGGGACCAGCUUAAAGCCUGUUUGUGCUUUAAUAGGUUCUUCCUUUGUCAUCUCUUUAGGUCAGAAUAUGAAACGGGAGUCUGGGAGGAAGGUCCAGACUGGAAACAUCACUGCUGCAAAGACCAUAGCUGAUGUGAUCAGGACGUGUUUAGGACCACGAGCCAUGAUGAAGAUGCUUCUGGACCCCAUGGGUGGGAUUGUGAUGACCAACGAUGGCAAUGCUAUCCUCAGAGAAAUUCAGGUCCAGCAUCCAGCUGCUAAAUCAAUGAUCGAGAUCAGCCGUACUCAGGAUGAAGAAGUUGGAGAUGGGACCACAUCCGUGAUCAUCCUGGCUGGGGAGAUGCUCUCUGUUGCUGAACACUUCCUGGAGCAGCAGAUGCACCCGACUGUGAUCAUCGGGGCUUAUCGAAAGGCUCUGGACGACAUGAUCAGCAUCUUAAAGAAAAUCGGCACGCCAGUGGAUGUGAACAACAAAGAGAUGAUGCUGAAGAUCAUCAGGAGUGCAAUAAACACCAAGGCGAUCAACCGGUGGUGCGAGCUGGCCUGCAGCAUUGCUCUGGAGGCUGUUAGGACGGUGGAGCUGGAAGAGAAUGGCAGGAAGGAGAUUGAUAUCAAGAAAUACGCCAAAGUGGAGAAGAUUCCAGGUGGUUUUAGCGAAGACUCGUGUGUGUUACGUGGGAUCAUGGUGAAUAAAGAUGUAACUCACCCCAGAAUGAGGCGUCUCAUCAAGAAUCCACGGAUUGUCCUUCUGGAUUGUUCACUGGAGUACAAGAAAGGAGAGAGCCAGACUGACAUUGAGAUCACCCGGGAGGAAGACUUUGCCCGCAUCCUGCAGAUGGAGGAGGAGUAUAUCCAGCAGAUGUGUGCGGAUCUCAUGAGGGUCAAACCAGAUCUGGUCAUCACAGAGAAAGGCAUUUCUGACCUGGCCCAGCACUACCUGAUGAGAGCCAACAUCACGGCCAUCCGCAGGGUGAGGAAGACGGACAACAACCGGAUCGCCAGGGCCUGUGGAGCCCGCAUUGUGAGCCGCACGGAUGAGCUGCGGGAGGAGGACGUGGGCACUGGGGCCAGGCUCUUCGAGGUUAAGAAGAUAGGGGAUGAGUAUUUCGCCUUCAUCACUGACUGCAAAGAGCCCAAGGCCUGCACCAUCAUCCUGCGUGGAGCCAGCAAGGAGAUCCUGGCAGAGGUGGAGAGGAACCUGCAGGACGCGAUGCAGGUCUGUCGCAACGUGCUCCUGGACCCGCAGCUGGUGCCGGGUGGAGGUGCCACCGAGAUGGCCGUGGCCCAUGCGCUGACUGAGAAGUCCAAAGGGAUGACAGGGGUGGAGCAGUGGCCGUACCGAGCCGUGGCUCAGGCUCUGGAAGUCAUUCCUCGCACCCUCAUCCAGAACUGUGGUGCCAGUACCAUCCGUGUGCUGACCUCGCUCAGGGCAAAACACACUCAGGACAACAGCCAGACGUGGGGGGUGAACGGGGAGACCGGAGCCCUGGUG